AAUUUCAAAAGUUAAACAAAACAUAUUUACAUACAAAAGCUUCGCACCACGUCCAGGUGCAGUUUCAGCAGUUUCGGAUAACUGAGUCCGGUUCCCUUUGAAUCCUCCCGCAAGGAAUGUUCUUUUAGUAGAGGCUCAGUGCACAGCUUAAACGAUGACCGACUCCGAUGGGGUACCACCACCGCAGCCGGAGAAUCCCUUCUCCGGAAUGCACAUCGACGAUACGGCCUUCUUGAAGGAUGUCGAAGGCCGCAGCUCGUGUACCGUUUGUGGGAAGUCGAGGAAAUUCUUCUGCUACCAUUGCUACGUUCCGGUGGCUGAAUUGCGGGACAAGCUGCGAUUCGUUCAGCUGCCGAUAAAAAUCGACAUCAUCAAGCACAGGAAUGAAAUCGAAGGCAAGAGCACGGCCAUCCAUGCGGCGAUCCUUGCCCCCGAAGAUGUCAAAAUCUACACCUACCCGGACAUUCCGGAUUACCGGGAUGAAGAAGGGGUGGUUCUGAUAUUCCCCACGCCGGAUGCCCUGACCGUGGCCAGUUUAUGCAGUGGGGAGCUCCCGAAGAUAAAGGACAACUAUGGACUUCCGAAGGGGCAUCACAUUGGGACGUUGCUUCGCUGUCGGCUCACGGACAUAGUUUCGGAAGAAGCACCCUCCAGGGCGGACGAAACGAAGAAGCAACAGCUUGCACAAAGAUUGCCGGUCAAGAAGGCGGUAUUCAUCGACAGCACCUGGAGUCAGUGCCGGGGAAUCUACAAAGACGAGAGGGUUGCCUGCCUGCGGACGGUGGUCAUCCAGAACCGGAUCUCACAGUUCUGGCGACACCAGAAGAACAGUCCCCGGUGGUUCCUGGCCACCGUGGAAGCCGUUCAUCAGUUCCUGAUAGAACUGCACAUAAACGCCUUCGGGUUAGACUCGCGAUACCAAGGGCUGAAGCAUUUGGGGUAUCUAAACUUCCCCCAUGACAAGCUGGUGCAAUGGGAGGAUGGCCUGGAGAAUGGCCAAGCCUCGCCCUACAACGGUCAGUAUGAUAAUUUGCUGUUCUUCUUCCUGCACAUGUACAACUUGAUACAUGAUUACUACGAGCAUCAUACUCUACGCGCCUACCGGAGGCCACUGUUCCUGGAGGAUAAGUAUCAGCAGCAACAGCUGAAAAAGCAGCAGGAGCAAACCGCUGAAAGCCUAACGACGUGAAUUUGAAUGUGAUUUUUGAUGAAUAAAGUUGGAUGUUGAUAUCUCUUAA